GUAUAUAUUACUAACGAAUUUACCUUCCCAAAACCACACUAACCUACUCUUCUUCAACAGAUGACAAUGGAUUGGUUCUCGUGGCUAUCGAGAACAAAUCUCGAAAAUUCGCUCACAUACGAGUACGGACUCUCCUUCUCCCACAACGAGCUCGAGUACGAAGACAUUGCUUACUUCAACCACGAGUUUCUCCAGAGCAUGGGUAUCUCCAUCGCUAAACACCGCCUCGAGAUCCUCAAGCUCGCUCGGCGACAUAGUAAACCGUCUCCUUCUAUUUCCAGAGUCCUGAUCGCGAUUAGGAAGACCGGGAAGUGCUUCUCCGAGUAUGUCCGUGCCAUGAUGAGACGUGAGGAACCGUAUCGAGCUCUCGUGAUUGUGAAAGGGAGAUGGUCGAAGAGUAACAAGAGCAACGGAAAUGGUAGCUGUGGAAGCAGCAAGGAAGAGAGACUUCUGCUGACGAAUGGGACUCCAUUUAGGCUCGAUAGCUUCUCCUGUUCCAAGGGUUUCGAUCAUUACAGUUUGAAUGAUGAUUAUGUUUAUUGUGGGAAAAAUUUACAAGAGGAGGUUAUUAUAAAGUGGGAUUCAAUGUUUCAGAAUCUGAAACCAACUUAGUGUGUUUAAGGGUUCUUCCACCAUGUUAUUCAAUGAGUUUCGCA